AUGGAAAAUUUUGGUUCAAAUACUCAACAACGACAAAACACUCCAACUACAACAAUCGACUUUUCUUCCUUAAUUAAUACCAAUUCUUGUUCUUCAACCUCCCCAGCACCUGGAGGAAUUGGUAGUGUAGACCCUACUGACCCGUAUCAAUGUAGUUGGUGUCAAUUUAAUACUUUGUACAAAGGAAAUAUGAAAAGACAUUUAAUUUGUUGCCAUCAAGUUUCUCUCGAAUCAUUAACUCAUUUAAACUUCAAUAUCGAACGUUUACGUAGACUUUCGACUACACGACCUUCAUUGGAUGAAUUGCCAAUAUUGCCACGUAGAGAUGGGAAAGAGGCAAAUAAUGCUUCUGGUGUUGGUUUUAAUAACAAUAAUAGCAGCAACACCAAUAUUCUCAAUAAUAUUUUAAUUGUUAAAGAAGAAAUGAAUAAUUUUCCAUCUCAAAAUAAUUUAAAUUUUGAAGGAAAAAAUAAUUUUGUUGUUGAAGACAAAAAAAGAAAGCCUUCCUCAAUUAAAAGAAAAAUGACUACAACUUCAGAAAGACGGCAUAAUAAACUUUUUAUACUUGAAAAACAACAAGGAACACCAGCAACAACAACAACCUCUUCUACCAACAACAAGGAUGAUUAUUGUUAUACUUCAAAUAGUACAAUCAAAUUUGCUCCAUAUAUUUAA